UGCAGCCUCACAUUUCCAUUUCUUGGAGCUCCAAAUUUUCUUCAUUUCAACAACAAAAGAGACUUCAAAAUUAUGGGUUCCAUCUCACAAACCGACUCCAAACCCCACGCUGUGUGUGUUCCAUACCCAGCGCAAGGCCAUAUCAACCCUAUGCUUAGGUUGGCUAAGCUUCUGCACCACAGAGGCUUUCACAUAACUUUCGUCAACACUGAGUACAAUCAUAGGCGACUACUCAAGUCGAGAGGUCCGAACUCGCUCGAUGGCUUGACUGACUUUCAGUUCCGAACCAUCCCGGACGGCCUCCCGUUCUCGGAUGCAAAUUCAACCCAAGAUAUUCCUGCACUUUGCUAUUCCACCACCAAGAAUUGCUUAGCCCCAUUGUGUGACCUUAUUUCUCAGCUGAACUCAAGUGAUGCUCCGCCAGUUAGCUGUGUUGUUGGGGAUGUGGUCAUGUCCUUCUCUGCUUUGGCUGCUAAUGAGUUUAAAAUCCCUCAUGCUCUAUUUUGGACAGCCAGUGGCUGUGGCUACUUUGGCUAUUUUCAAUAUAGGGAGCUUACAAAGAAGGGAUUGGUGCCACUUAAAGAUGCUAGCCACAUAACAAAUGGGUAUUUGGAGAACACCAUUGAAUGGACUCAAGGAAUGAAAGAGAUACGUUUGAGGGAUCUUCCCAGCUUUAUAAGAACAACAGAUUCAGACGACAUAAUGCUCAAUUUUAUCCACCAAGAAAUCAGCAGAUCUCUACAAGCUUCUGCAAUCAUAUUUAACACAUAUGAUCCACUCGAACGAGAUGUUUUGGAUUCUCUUUCUUCCAUCCUUCCUCCUCUCUACACAAUUGGCCCACUCCACUUGCUUGUCAACCAAAUAGAGGAUGAAAAACUAAGAGCCAUCGGCUCAAAUCUCUGGGCGGAGGAGUCACAAUGCAUUGAGUGGCUGAAUUCAAAGGAACCCAACUCUGUGGUUUAUGUAAAUUUUGGGAGCAUCACAGUGAUGACAGCUGAGCAACUGACUGAAUUUGCAUGGGGAUUGGCAAACAGUGAGAAGCCAUUCCUGUGGAUCACAAGGCCUGAUAUAGUUGUGGGAGAUUCAGCCAUUUUGCCACCUGAAUUUGUGACACAAACCAAAGAUAGAAGCAUGAUUGGGAGCUGGUGCUCUCAAGAACAAGAUUCUAUUGUUGUAGUUCCUAGAAGCUAUGUGGCUUUUGGUGAGAGCUCUAGAUUUAAGAGAUUGUAUUGUCCAUUGUAUUUAUUCCAGAAUCAUGGUAGAACACAUUGUCAGCCUAAUUGGAGUGAACCAGUAUAA